AUGUCUAUUUUGCCGUUUACUCCUCCGAUUGUGAAGAAGCUGCUCGGGUGGAAAAAAGGCGAGCAGAACGGACAAGAAGAGAAAUGGUGUGAGAAGGCGGUGAAGAGUCUGAUUAAUGAUAAACAGGGUUCCCGUGUAUCAAAAAAGUCUUUGGAUGGCCGUCUGCAGGUAUCUCACAGAAAAGGCCUCCCUCAUGUCAUCUACUGCAGACUGUGGCGCUGGCCCGAUCUGCAGUCCCACCACGAGCUGCGUGCUAUAGACCUGUGUGAGUUCGCUUUCCACAUGAAGAAAGACGAAGUGUGCGUCAACCCGUACCAUUACCAGCGUGUGGAGACACCAGUUUUGCCUCCUGUUCUGGUUCCCCGGCACACUGAAAUCCCUGCCGAGUUUCCUCCACUGGACGACUAUAGCAACUCUAUUCCUGAAAACACCAACUUUCCUGCUGGCAUAGAGCCUCAGAUCAAUUAUAUACCUGAGACCCCACCGCCAGGGUACCUCAGUGAAGAUGGUGAGAGCAGUGAUAUCCAGAUGAGCACAGGUUCCCCAAACUUGUCACCCAGCCCUGUCUCCCCUACAGACAGCAACCAUGAUCUGCAGCCAGUAACAUACUGUGAGUCCGCGUUUUGGUGCUCCAUCUCGUACUAUGAGCUGAACCAGCGCGUCGGAGAGACGUUCCACGCGUCCCAGCCCUCCUUAACCGUGGACGGCUUCACGGAUCCCUCCAACGCCGAGCGCUUCUGCCUGGGUCUGCUGUCCAACGUGAACCGCAACACUGCUGUAGAGCUCACGCGCAGACACAUCGGUCGAGGAGUGCGACUGUACUACAUAGGCGGCGAAGUGUUUGCGGAGUGUCUGAGUGACAGUGCCAUCUUUGUCCAGAGCCCCAACUGUAACCAGCGCUACGGCUGGCAUCCCGCCACCGUGUGUAAGAUUCCUCCAGGCUGUAAUCUUAAGAUCUUCAACAACCAGGAGUUUGCGGCUCUGUUAGCUCAGUCGGUGAAUCAGGGAUUCGAGGCCGUGUACCAGCUGACUCGCAUGUGCACAAUUCGCAUGAGCUUUGUCAAAGGCUGGGGAGCAGAGUACAGACGCCAGACAGUGACCAGCACCCCCUGUUGGAUCGAGCUGCACCUGAACGGCCCCCUGCAAUGGCUGGACAGGGUGCUCACCCAGAUGGGCUCACCCAGAAUCCCCUGCUCCAGUGUGUCCUAGAACAAGCAGCACUGGAAUCAUCACACCUCAGAAGAAUACUCAGAUGACAACACCCGGGUCCCUCCAGACCUCCCGCAGAUCAGCCGAGAACUCAGAAAGAGAGUCGGACUGGCUGAUUGACCUCCUUACACGUGUCCCUUCUCGGAGUGUCACUCCACUGCUUCAGUACCGGUCCUGUCAUUUCCACACACACUUUUGAGCACUUUCUAUUGCUGAGACCUACACAGCGUGGCUUAUACAGCUGUGCAUGUUAUGUAGAGUAGUUUUGGUCAUACAGAGAUA